AUGUCGUUGAUCGCAAACGUCCUGGCACGCCGGGAAACCCAAGUGAUAGUCGCUCGGGUCCCGCAAGCAGACAAAAUAUUGUUGCAACUGUUCAUUUUCUUGAUUACAUGCAUUGCUCUUGCCUUGGUUGAUUACAUCUGCAGUGUGAUUACAGUACUCGCCGCGAUCGAAGAUGUUGAUCAAACCGCGUACAUUUGCCUCGACGACGAAGGUCCAAAGGACCCUGAGACCGGUGACUCAUUGAACAAAAGGCCCAUCACAAGUGGAUUGGGCUCGGCUAUCAAAUACUUGUAUGCCCGCGGUGGCAUCCGGUCAUGCUUUCGCGGAUUUCGCAUGUGUAUGGCUGUCCUCGCGGCAGAGACAGUCCUUGCAGCGAUAGCAGGCUUUGUGUCUCCGCUAAAUCGUGAGUCUCUCCUGAGUCUGUUCCUGGUACAGUUCAUUGCCACCAUGCCCUUUGCAGCGUGGCGAAUGGCGUGUGUUCAUCGGAUGAUUGCCGACAAGUCCCCUAAAACCAAACACCGACGAAUUACUGGUUUCCGCUAUUGGCCACGAAUUGCUCCCGCGGCUGCUCUGUACAAUGUUGUCAAUUGUAUGACGAUAGCCUUGUUGUUCUCUGUGGCAGAGAGUGCUGGAUGGAUCACUAAGAACGUUGUCAACGAAUCAGGCUACAAGGUCCUCGCAUCCCUUCUACUUGGUAUUAUGCUCCCUACUAUAGCUGGGAUUACAUUGUCUUUACCUGCCCGGGUAAUCUUCAUUCGCGUCGCUGCUUCUAUGCUACCCACAGAAGAUGUGCCGAUCGUGCCAUUUGAUCCUCAGUUUGGUGGCAAGGUUGAUCCCAAUGUGGCUGACAGGAGCAGCCUCCGCAUAGUAGAUGCCUGGAACACCUUGAGCUGGCUUACGCUUUUUCGAAUUUCGAAGCUUCUGUUCCUGACAUUAUGUAUUGAAAAUGCACUAGGGGCUGUGGGUGCUUUCGUGGGGGUCAUACUGCUAUAG